AUGAGGGACAAACUGGAUGCCGAGAUACGCGACAAGAUCCAUGCAUUUUGUUCAACGGAGAAAGGUGUCAUGAAUGAGCUGGAUGAAUUUUCGACCCUUUGCGACAUGCAAUACUUCCAAGACGUCAUGGAUGCGGCGGCGCAGGCCAUCAAGGAGAUGAUUACGAAAGAGGGCGAGGAUAGAUCUUUUGAACCUGAAUUUUUGUCACGAAAACCUCACUUUAAGGAGGCUCUCAGCCGCAUCACAUGCCUCAUUCAGACGGCUUACAACAGCAGCCUUAUCAUGUGCCCUACUCAUACUUUUCAGCUCAUGGAUUAG